AUGGUGCCCGCCACCCGGGCCGCCCUCGCCUCGCUCGCCGCGUGCGCGGCCCUCCUCCCGCGGCCCGCGGGGGCCGCCCGCGACCGCGCGGACGCCUCGGGCUCCCUGCUGGAGGUGGGCUCGCGCUCGGGCGCGGAGGUGGAGUCCGAGAGCGGGAAGAGCAUCUUCGAGGAAUUCUUCGCAGACCCAGCAUCCUUCAGCAAGCCAGGGCCCGUAGAUGGCGACACACACUGUGGAAUGUGGUGCUCAAGCAUGGGUGGAGGAUCAAAGGUGGGUGAGUGGGCCAUGAUGUUUGGCAACGAUGUUCAGAAGAAUUUCGGCAGCGAUCCUCGCAACCCUGUCUCGGCCUACAGCUUCAAUGGCGGUGAGAAUCUCGUCGUGCAGUGGAGCGGCAAGCAGAGCUUUGAUGCUGGGAAGUUUGCUCCCACAUUCGGUGGCUGGGCGAAAGUGCAGCUCAUGGUGGUUGGAAACAUCCUGGAUACCCUCGCCGAGAAAGGUGCCUACCGCAUAUCGCCAGACCUGGGCAUGGGCGAUAACGUGCACGAGGUGUUUAACAAAAUGUGCGCGCCUGGCGGUGCUGACGGCAAGAAGCACAAAUAUGCUAUCCCGCUGCAGUGGGAUGCCAUGCGCGAGAUGGGCUGGACCGGCUUUCCCAGGGAGGUUCUCCUCAAGCACUACUAUCGCGGUGUGGGGGAACACAUGGAGCUGCUUCCCCAUGCCGACGUGACGGUCACCGAGUGCGCCAGCACGUCUGACACCCAGGUCUUCGCGAACGACCCUCCUGGCACUUGCCACUCCAAGGAAGAGCUAGAACAAAUGCUCGCAGACGUGGACAGAGACCUGGAGAGAGACCGGAAUGCUCUCACAAAAGGUCCAAACGCACCGAUGAAUCAGCUGCAUUACGACGAGGUCAAACAGGUAUUGGCACGCCCUUUCAGCGAAAGGAUGGUCAAUAUCCACACUGGUAAGCAAGAGGCGGGAUGGGAGGCAAUCACAGAGGACAUCGUCGACUUCAUCAAGCGAAGCUUGGAGCGCGGCUCCGCUGGAUCGACUGCACAGGAGAAGGCGAGGCUGGCAAAGAUGAAGCCCUUCCAGCGAGGCCUCCUGGUGCUCAAGUACUCGUGCGAGCCUGCCUUCAUGGACUUCGACGGCACGAAGGCGGGUUCGUUCAGCUUCGAGAGGAUUGCCGUCUACCUCACAAGGAGUGAAACCUUCAAGGGUAGUUCGUAG